AUAAUUCACUAUUAACCGGAGACGGGACGUUUAGAUGCUCUUACUUAACAUGCCUAACUUUUUAGGAUUUGAGGCUUCACACAAAGUGCCAGAUCGAUUAGUGCAACACGAUAAGAUUGUGAUAGUUCUCCAGACUAAGAUGCGGAAAAGCAUUCUAGUAUAUUUGAGCUGCUUAGUUUUUGCAACGUAUUCUGCAAAACCACCGAAAUGGAGUAAAAACUAUUCGGUCAGUGGCAGUAUCCAUUUCCCGAAAGCGAGCAUCGUCCAACCGUUUCAGGCAUGGUUCGACUCCAAAAAUAAACGUGUCCGAGUUGAUUACAACGAUGGCACUGUAAAAAAGUUUGAAUUCGUAAACGCCACCGGGAGCUACUAUUAUAGCCUAAUUCCGGACUAUCAUAGAGACGGGAUCACCCAAAUCUGCAUUGGUACUAGGAAGCCAAUGAGGAAAGCUUCAGUACUACUGCCGAAUGCUCGAGACUUUCAAUACGAGCAAACGAAACGUAUUAAAGGAGUUAAAUGCGAUGGUUUUGGGUCCAAGGAAGUCAACGAGUUUUAUGAAAAGAAAGUGACUCUGUGGGUUGGAUAUAAUCGAAAAAGUGGCGAGAAAAUACCAUAUCCUGUUCAAUUCGAUACAACAUUAUAUUAUAAGGAGUCCGGGGGAUUAAGGGAUCAUUUCUUCAUCGACUAUAGCGAUUAUAAAACAAGUGAUAUUCCCGAGGAUGUUUUUCAAAUUUUCGACCCCAAAGACUGCUACGAAACCCUACAUACGCGUCACAAGAAGUUAAGCCCUUUUGAUGAAUUACCAGAUCCAAGCGCCGCCCACCACAUUGACCUCGAAUUCGAAAGGUUCACUAGGAAAUACAAUGUUCUAUAUAAAAACUCAAGAGAGAAGAUGCUUCGAAAGGAUAUCUUCCGGGAUAAUCUGCGCUAUAUUAAUUCAAUCAACAAAGCGAACUUAGGAUACAAAUUAGCUGUUAAUCACUUUGCUGACCGUACGCCUGAUGAAAUUGGUAUUUUAAACCAAUCGAACUUCCAGAGAGAUUACUUAGAUGCUAGGAAGUUUCCAGAAAAGUUUGAAAAUUUGGAUAACGACGCCAUCCCUGAAAGCUUUGACUGGAGGGAACAUAAUGCGGUUGGACCAGUUAGAGAUCAAGGUGACUGUGGCUCCUGUUAUGCAUUCGCCGUUGUUGGUGCAGUUGAAGGUGCCUAUUUCCUAAAAACCGGAAAACUAGUCAACCUCUCCGUCCAAGCACUGAUGGAUUGCAGUUGGAUGCAACGAAAUCGUGGAUGUCUUGGAGGAACUGCUCGUGGUUCAUAUCGAUGGAUAACGCGUUACGGAGGUAUACCAACAGAGGAAGACUAUGGACCAUAUCUAGGAAUUGAAGACAUUUGUCGUCCAAUUAGCGCAAGCAAACUAAUACCAAUCACUGGAUAUGUAAGGCUGCCUUCAAACGACAAGCGAGCUUUGAAAGUGGCAAUAUUUAAACGUGGCCCAAUAGCAGUUACUAUUGACACAUCCCCGAGGUCCUUUCAAUUCUACGAAAGUGGAAUUUACAACGAUCCGAGUUGUAGGAGUGGAAACGAUGAGCAGAGUCAUGCUGCGUUGGCUGUGGGGUAUGGGGAACUCGAUGGGAAGAAGUAUUGGUUGAUCAAAAAUUCAUGGUCUGAUUACUGGGGAAUGAAGGGAUAUAUGUUAAUGGAUGCUAGUGGUAAUACCUGUGGUAUUUUGAAUACUGCCACAUAUCCUGAGAUGUAG